AUGUUUCAUUUGUAUUGGCCUGCAACUUGCGCACUUACAUUGUUUCUCAUAGUGGGGGUGAUUAUGGUGAUGUUGAAAUGGGGCCCUGUAAUAUGUAAAACUCGCCAUACUGCUUUACCUGAUAGAAAGGUUUAUCAGUAUGGGGUUCGUGCAUAUGAACAAGAAAUUUCUAUAGCUUGAAUAAUGAGUUUAAUGUAUAACAAGUGCCUUUACAAGGCAGCCUUAGUAAUAAUAAUUAAUUUUAUACUAUUUUCAAUUUUAGAUCUGAUUUUAUAUUGAAUCUCAAUUAUUAUUCCGUCCAUUUUAAAUUUGUUUUUUCAAUUUUUCACUAAAAUUUUUUAAUAAAGAUGUGAAUUAAG